GGUUGACGCCGCUGUCGGUGGCGGUGGUGGUGGAGUCCGCGGAGGUGAUAACGACUCCAAUAAAGUGCCGGAGGCGCGAUCCGACUCGAGCCAGUGUCUGUUUACAUUCGGCAGCGACCACAGUGUACCAAAGCGUGCCAAGCAGGAUGACCGCCACCGCGGAGCACAUGCUGGACGUGUCGGAGCUGUUGAGGCCGGAGCCCUCCUUCGCCACCAAGCCGAUCGUGCAGUUCCGCGACUACACCAUCGACCCCACCGACCCCAUCAAGGAGCGCGUCCGCAAGCUAUACCAUGAGAUGCACACCCAGAUGACGGUGGACUUCGUCAAAGAGCGCCGCGCCAACUGGCUCAAGUUCGACAAGUUCAAGGCCACCAUGAUGGAGGCCGUCACCAAGAUGUCCAACUUCCUGGACCAGAGCGACCCCGACGUGGACACCCCCAACAUCAUGCACGGCUUCCAGACGGCCGAGGGCAUCCGUAAGGAGCACCCUGACAAGGGCUGGUUCCAGCUGGCGGGCCUCAUCCACGACGUCGGCAAGAUCCUGCACCUGUACGGAGAGCCCCAGUGGGCCACCACCGGCGACACCUUCCCCGUGGGCUGCGAGUGGGGACCCUCCGUCGUGUACCGCGACACCAGCUUCCGGGACAACCCCGACGGCAAGCACCCCGUCUACUCCACCAAGAACGGCAUGUACAAGCCCCACUGCGGCUUGGAGAACGUGCUCAUGUCCUGGGGCCACGACGAGUACAUCUACCAGGUGCUCAAGCACAACAAAUCCACACUACCCGACGAGGCCCUCUACAUGGUCAGGUUCCACUCCUUCUAUCCCUGGCACUCAAGUGGCGACUACAUGCACCUUUGCAAUGAGAAGGACCUGAAGAUGCUUCCAUGGGUCCUGGAAUUCAACAAAUAUGACCUUUACACAAAGACUGACGAUGAUCUCCCUGAUGUUGAAGCCCUCAAGCCUUACUACCAGUCAUUGAUUGAUCAGUAUAUUCCUGGAGUUCUUGAAUGGUAAAGUGCAGCCAAUUCCAAGUCUCAAACUAAAUGUUCUGUAUAUAAAUACAAUUUCAAUGUACAAAGCAUAUUAUGUGUAAUAUGUAUUUAUUUAUGUUAAGGUAAUUCCUACUCUGUAAAAUUGUUUUACCAGGGAGUUGAAGGACUUCUGAAUAAAACACAAGCUAAUGA